UCUCCUCUGACAAUCCAUUUGGAAAGCGCACCUGAUUUCUCUUUAUCGAUCUGUAUCUAAUAAUAAUAAGAGAGCGCUCAACCGACGGAAGAGGAGAAAUCCAAAGAGAGAAACCGACCCUCUCUCCUCUUAAAUUAAUUUUAUUUAAAAAAAAAAGAAAACUCAGAAGGAAAACAAAAAAAUGUCGUGCUCAUCAUCGUCGGGGUCUGAAGAGGAGGACGAGGGCGUGGAUUCGUACAGGAAAGGAGGUUACCAUGCGGUGAGGGUAGGCGACCAGUUCGCCGGCGGCCGAUACAUCGCUCAGAGGAAGCUCGGAUGGGGGAACGCCUUCGAUACUCAGGCUCAGAGAUUUGUUGCUCUUAAAAUUCAAAAAAGUGCAACACAGUUUUCUCAUGCUGCUCUACAUGAGAUUGAGAUUCUAUCAGCAAUUGCUAAUGGGGACCCGUCAAACUCCAAGUGCAUUGUCCAAUUACUGGACCAUUUCAAGCAUGCUGGUCCAAAUGGGCAACACAUAUGCAUGGUCUUUGAAUUCCUAGGAGACAGCCUACUCCGCCUUGUCCGAUAUAACCACUAUAAAGGUAUCGGACUAGACAAAGUUAGAGAUAUAUGCAGAUCAAUCUUGUUUGGUCUUGAUUACCUGCACAAGGAACUUCGCAUCAUUCACUCAGACUUGAAACUGGAAAAUGUUCUUCUCAUCUCCUCUAUUGAUCCUGCUAAAGACCCUAUAAAGUCUGGAACUACUCCAAUUCUUGAGAGACCUGAGGGCAACCCUAAUGGGGGAUCGGUAGUUAAUAUUAUUGAGAAGAAGCUGAAGAAGAAGGCAAAGCGGGCAAGAGCAAGGAUCUCUGAGAGAAGAGGGUCAAUGCUAGAAGCACCAGUAAGGGAGAAGACAGAAAGGAGCUUGGAGGGGAUUGAUUUCAGAUGUAAGAUUGUGGAUUUUGGCAAUGCUUGCUGGGUUGAUAAGCAAUUUGCAGAGGAGAUUCAGACAAGGCAAUAUAGGUCUCCGGAGGUUAUUAUUGGGUCUGGAUAUUCUUUUCCUGCAGACAUAUGGUCUUUUGCUUGCAUCGCUUUCGAGCUUGCCACUGGUGAUGUUCUGUUUGCACCGAAGAUCGGCCAAGGAUUUAGCGAGGAUGAGGAUCACUUGGCUCUGAUGAUGGAACUUCUUGGCAAGAUGCCCCGAAAGGUUGCUAUAUCAGGAUGUCGAUCAAAGGACUACUUUGACAGGUACGGAGAUCUGAAAAGAAUCCGAAGGCUUAAAUACUGGCCCAUGGAUCGCCUCCUCGUUGACAAGUACAAAUUCCCUGAAGCCGAAGCUAAGGAGUUUUCACAGUUUCUCUGCCCUCUCCUUGAUUUCGCCCCUGAGAAACGGCCAACAGCAGCACAGUGCCUCCAACAUCCUUGGCUCAAAACCAAAGACCUAAACCCCCCAAGUGAACGUAAAGCAGUUGGUAUAGGAAAAUUGGAGACUGGAAUGAGCAAGCUUCAAGUUAAUUCGGGCAGAUUCUGACAUCAAGGAGACCACGGAGGUUCCAGUGAGGGUUUUAGCUUGUGAGCUGGGGCUUUUUUGGAGGAUCCGCCUGUGUGGUGACGAGAAGCUUUUGUGGAAAUGUGGGGUUGUGUGAGUUGUAUAACUUACAUAUAUACAAAUAUUGGAUUCAUUUAUUUGUUUGUGUAUCUAAUUAAAGAAGGGUUUCUUCCACUGUAAAACAGUUGAAAAUUGUAUCAGGCCAAACUUAUAAAGGCACGCGUUGCCUGUUUCAUGGAAGAUUUAUCUUUUAAUAAUGGUUUCUUUC